AUACGGAUGAUAUCUGGAUAGCAUGGACAACGCAACUCCUGCGAGAUCCGAUGAUCCAACAUUAGACCGUCAUUUUCAAAUCGUUCGAGUCUGAUGCCUGGGUGUCUUGGGCGAGCAUACAGAUAUAUAUUCUCACUAUUCUUUUCUUACUAUCCUUAGCUACUGCCAAGCGCUCUGUGUUUGCUGCAGUGAAUCUCAUUCAUCUCGCUAAAGAUUCCGCGGAAUCUGCAUACAGUGAUCGUCUUGUAUACAUGGUCAUGGCCGACUCUGCCAUCAAUCGCAUCUUGGAGCGCACUGAGAUCCUUGAUUCCGUCUUCCAACAACUACGACCGUGGCCCGUGCACCGCCCUCAGCCGCGGUCGCUUGAAGUCAUGGAUUCGGACAUGCCGAUAACCCGUCUCGAUAUGUAGCGCACCCUUGCGCGAUGUGCGCGCACGUGUAGAGCCUUUUCCCAUCCCGCACUGAACAUCUUGUGGGAGGUUAUGAGCAGUUUGGUACCGUUGUUGAGCUUGCUUGUAGCCCCCAAGGGUGAACCAGCCGUGCUGAUUGGGCUUCCGAAUAUCGGGAACGUGACACCACUCCUUGACCACUACUCACGACGCAUCCGCGAACUCCGUCGCUUCUCAGGAAGUGACAUCGCUAUGUCGACAUGGACGUUUGUACGCCAGCUCCUCGUGAGGAAGCCUCUGCUUCCAAAUAUCCAGCGCAUCGAGACACUUAGCUUUCAGCCAGAGGAUGUCGGUAUAGCGUUAAUACUCGUCAGCCCAUCUCUUCGCGUCAUGGAAAUCAGUCCGUGGUUUCCCGUGCAUAGCCAGCGGGGUACGACGCAGGACGAAUUCCGCUAUACGAUCCUCAACUUCUUAGAGGAUGCGAGUCGCCUC